GUUUCUCCCGAUCUCCGUAACAGGCCACCCAAUAGGGGUCCGCCCUUAAAGCAUCCAGGGACCACGGCGGCCUGUAGACUCUCAUAGGUGAUCUCUGCCCCCUGCUGUUGAUCUUGGUGCAGCCGCUGGUGUGGGUCGAGGGGGCGGCCAUGGAGUUAGGUAGCUGCUUCAAGACCUACGAAGACUUCAAGGAGUGCUUCAGCGCCUACAAAAAGGAGAACAGGUGCUCCUUCAUUCUCAGGGACUGCGUCUCCGUCCGCUUCCACAACCUCAACCAUGGCACCUCCAUCCGCGAGGACAUCCUAUAUGUGCAGGUGAAAUUUGUCUGUAUUCGGACCCAGUCCAACAGGAAGAGAACAGCAGAGGCGGACAUGUGCCCAGCAUACUUGCUCCUGCGGUACAAUGAGAAACUGGAUAGACUAUUUAUCAGUGAACUCAACACGCAACAUAUACACGUUGACUCCAAAGCAGCGGGUCCUAGAGGAGCCGCCACCGGCAAAUCUCUGAAGAAACUCCGGCCUGCACAGCCCACGAUCAAUAAAGACCUUGGCACAGCUGAGAAGUCCCUAUUUGAACCAUCUUUUUGCUUAGAUAAGGUCCAAACACCCUCAAGGCCAGGGCAGGAGGGCAUCACUCCUUCUGACCUGGCCAAGAUAGCCAAAGUGAUGAAGAACUUUCUUAAGGUGGAUGUGGGUUCCAUGGCCUCCUUCAGUGUGGGCAACUGCCAAGACCUGGACCGGCUCAGCUUCCAGAGCAGCAAGAUGAGCGACCUGUUCGUCCGCUUCCCAGAGAAUCUCUUGCUGCACCGGGUGGAGAAUGCCCAGGGCCACAUCCUCUACGCUUUCUUGGUUGAGAGUAAGGAACGAGAGGGGCGAGUGGUACACUUUGCAGUGCUCAAGGCUGAGACAGCCACCUCCGUGGCCAAGAUGCUGAGUAUCUUUACAGAGUUCAACUCAGAUUGGCCCAAGGUCAAGGUGGUCUUCGUGGACCCGUCCUUCCCUCAUCGAGCCAUCCUGCAGGAGAUCUUCCCUGCUGCCCGCAUCCUUCUCUCCAUCUAUCACACGACCCGACUCUUGGAGAAGAAGUUGCACCGUAGUUCAGCAGAUCCAUCCUUUAAAACGCUCAUGAAGGAAGCCCUGCGGGAGGCCGUGUUUGUCACUUCUGAGGCCAGCCUGCAAAAUCUCUGCCAGAUGUCCCAAGCCCUGCUUGAUGAGCAGCUGUUCAGCUUCCUGCAGGCCCACUGGUUCUCCUGUGAACUGCUGUGGUACAUGCACGUCAGGAAGGGUCUGCACGCCUGUAACACCUACAUGGACAGCCUGGACAUCGUCACCAGCAAGGUGUCGAGCCUCUUCCGGGAACAGCAGUCCCUGCUGGACUGCAUCCUUCGCUUUGUGGAUUACAUAGACUUCUUUAACACCAAAGGCUUGAAGAACUUGCCCAUGGCUCCCCCCAGGUUAAAGAGAGCCCGGUCAGCAAGCAUGGCACCGAAGUCCAAGAAGGCUUUUGGAAUCUGCCGAGGGAGCCUCAGCAGGCUGCCCAUGCAAGAGGCAAAGCCACAGCCGCAGCAGGUGCAGGUGCUGCAACAGCAGCCCCAGGGGCAGCCCUCCCAGGGCAGCAUGCUAGACUCCUUACGCCAGAGUGGCUCCGAUCUGGCCUACAAGCUGUGCUACAAUGAAUGGGCGGUGGUGCAGAACUCCACGCACCUGGUGGACGAGGCUGGCUGCUCCGUUGACGUGCAGCUGCUGGAGGACUCCCACCAGGUGAGCAAAGAUGGCUGCAGCUGCAGCUGCUCCUUUCAGCAGCGGUACCACCUGCCGUGCCGGCACAUUUUGGCCCUGCUGCACACCAGCCAGAGGCCCGUGGGCGAAGCCAUGGUGUGCCGCCGGUGGCAGAAGAGGUACCAACACCUCCUCGGGCCCACGGGGGAGCUCCUAGACCCUGUUCUGAUCCCAAGUGCAGGCCAGCCAGGGGAGCAAGGACGGAACGACGUGAUUCAGGACCUAAGCAGGGAGCUCGCGAACCUGCUGAUGCAGAGCGAGGGACCGGAGCUGGAGGAGCGCUGUUCCACCCUGCGCAAGAUUGUGGACAUCUGGGCGGCCCCCUGCCAGCCUCCUGAGCCCAGUCAGCAGCCGGGGGACUUCAAGGAUGUGGGUUGCCUCCCUUUCCUCUGGGGAAAGCAGGAGGAAGGGGAGGAGCUCACUCCUGCUGGAGCCACAGUUCACGAUUGAAGCACUUACACUAGCGCACUGGGCCACGUACCCCUCUCCCUGGAAGUCUGGGAGCUCAAAGCGGGCAGGACAGGGGGUCAGCGUUUUAACCAAUGUCUUCCUAGGUAGGGUUAGGAAAAUUGUUCCAGUAGGAAGAAGAGGAACCCCAUUGUGUGACAGUCCUUUGAAUCUACCCCUUUUCUGCCCUACCUUUGGUUUUCCUUGGGAGCCUCAUUCAUUGUUCAAGGCCAAAGUUAUCUCCAUGCUGAAAGGUCAUCCCUCUUUCUCCCUCAACCCCUGAGACCAGAUCUUAUUCACUUUAUAGAGAUGAAACCCUGUCCUAGGGUAGGGUGAGAUAAAACGGACCUGACAAAAGAGUCUAGUUUCAGGGACAAAAGGAAGGAGGGUAAUCCUUAACUGUUGCUGCUCUUUACAAAGAAUUUGUUAUUUGUACCUAUUUUUAUUCAUAUUAAAGUUUUUGUUUUGCUUUUUUUUUUUU